AUGCAUGACGCAAAUACUAUUUGUCAUGUCAAGGCCAUCCCUCACUAUAGAGAAGAAGAUAGGAAGGAAAUGGAAAGUCAGAUUCAAGAACUUCUUGAAAAGAAAUUAAUUAGGCCUUCGAAUAGGCCUCAUCAUGCCCCAGCCUUUUUGGUAAGAAAUCAUGCUGAACAACUAAGAGGAAAAGCUAGGAUGGUGAUUGAUUACAGAGAUGUAAAUAAAAAGACCGUUAAAGACGGUUAUCAAAUUGCUCAGGUCAGAGUUCUCAUCAACAGACUUAGAGGUGCAAAGAUUUUCUCUAAGUUUGAUGCAAAAUCAGGCUUUUGGCAAGUCAAAAUGCAUCCUGAUUCCAUUGUUUUGACAGCUUUUGGGACUCCUCAAGGGCAUUACGAAUGGUUAGUUAUGCCAUUUGGAUUAAAGCAAGCUCCAUCUAUUUUCUAA